AUUUAUUCCCGCUCUCGCUUUGAUCUCGCUCACCUCAAAUCCUCUGAUGCGGCAGGCUGUAGCGACAUUCCUUUGACAUUUUCUUUUUGACAUUUCUUGAAAAAGGUGUAAGUUCUACAAUGGCUGGAACCUUGUAUACAUACCCAGAAAACUUUCGUGCUUAUAAGGCACUGAUUGCUGCUCAAUAUUCCGGAGCUCAAGUGAAAAUUGCAUCAGAUUUUGUGUUCGGCGAAACAAACAAGUCCGAUGCGUUCCUGAAGAAGUUCCCAUCGGGAAAGGUGCCAGCCUUUGAAACUAGCAACGGACAAACCAUAACAGAAAGCAAUGCUAUCGCCUUCUACGUGGCCAACGAAAAGUUGCGUGGAGCGUCCGAUUUGGAAAAGGCUCAAGUAUGGCAAUGGAUCAGUUUUGCCGACAGCGAAAUUUUGCCAUCAUCUUGUGCCUGGGUAUUCCCAUUGUUGGGCAUUAUGCCAUACAACAAAAACACCGUUGAACGUGCCAGGGCCGACAUAAAUGUCGCACUUACUGUCCUCAACAAGCAUUUGCUAAGCAAUACGUUUUUGGUGGGUGAACGCAUCUCAUUGGCUGAUAUCAUUGUGUUCACAAACCUUCUACAUUUGUACCAAUACGUGUUGGAGCCGACCGUUCGCAGUGCAUACGGAAAUGUAAAUCGUUGGUUCGUAACGAUCUUGAAUCAAACACAAGUGCAAGCGGUUGUGAAGAAUUUCUCUCUAUGCGCAAAGGCCAUUGAAUUCGAUCCGAAGAAGUACGCCGAAUUCCAAAGCAAGUCCGGUGGUGCUAAGGACGCCAAACCACAAGAACCGAAAAAGGAUAAGAAAGAGAAGAAACCGGCACCAGCCAAAAAGGAAGCCGAACCAGUCGAAGAAAUGGAUGCAGCUGAAUUGGCUUUGAUGGAAGAGCCCAAAUCAAAGGAUCCGUUCGAUUUACUGCCAAAGGGUACAUUCAACAUGGACGACUUCAAGCGUUGCUACUCAAACGAAGAGGAAACCGUUUCAGUUCCAUACUUCUGGGAGAAAUUCGAUUCGGAAAACUAUUCAAUUUGGUUCGGUGAAUACAAAUACAGCAGCGAAUUGACAAAGGUGUUCAUGAGCUGUAACUUAAUCGCUGGCAUGUAUCAACGAUUGGAUAAAAUGAGAAAACAAGCAUUCGCCUCAAUGUGUCUGUUCGGCGAGGAUAACAACAGCACCAUAUCGGGUGUGUGGGUAUGGCGUGGACAGGAACUUGCAUUCCAAUUGUCGCCAGACUGGCAAAUUGAUUACGAAGUGUACGACUGGAAGAAACUCGACCCAACCGCAAAUGAAACUAAGGAAUUGGUUAAACAAUAUUUCUCGUGGGCUGGUGCCGAUAAGGAAGGGCGUAAAUUCAAUCAAGGCAAAAUUUUCAAAUAAAUUUGCCAGAUUCAUCAUUUUUCUGUCAUUUUGUUAAAUUCUCAACCACCCACGAUGCUAAGUUUUUAUAUUGAAUUGAACCAUGCCGUCGACGUUUUGAUGCUUUAGUAAAAUUGCGUUAACAACCGAAUGGAA